AUGUUCUUCUCAAAAGCAGGAAAAGCGGCUGUGGAAUGGGCGAAAGGAACAAAAGUUCCCUAUAAAGACUUCGCGCAAACCCUGGAAAAAAUUGAGGAUUUGUCGGGAAAGAAGAAGAUUGAUGAACUCGCCCAGUUUUUUACUAAAGUUCUCGAUUUUUCACCAGAAGAUCUGACAGCAUGUGUUUACAUGUCAGUUAAUCAACUUGGACCAUCCUAUGAGGGUUUGGAGCUGGGUGUUGCCGAAAACUCACUGAUCAAGGCUGUUGCUAAAGCAACCGGUAGAACUGAGAGCAAGAUCAAAGAGGAUCUGCGGAUCAAAGGAGAUUUGGGAACAGUUGCACAGCAAUCGCGUUCCAAUCAAAAGAUGCUUGCCGUUCCAAAAGCAUUGACUGUUCCGACUGUUUUCAAUAAGCUUACAGAAAUUGCCAAACUUAGUGGAGUUUCAGCCAUGAACAAAAAAGUAGAUGCUAUCAGUGCGUUACUAAUCGCUUGUCAAGGAAUCGAAGCACGAUUCCUAGUUAGAAUGCUCGCAGGAAAAAUGAGGAUAGGGCUCGGCGAGCAAAGUGUUCUAUCCGCUCUCGGACAUGCAUUCACAUUUGCCAAGCAAGCAGAAAGUGAGAAGAAAAUGACUGGAGAAAAAUUAGACGCAUUGAAGGACACGAAUGUGAAGCGAGUGAAAACUGCUUAUUGUGAGUGCCCCAAUUACAACCGUAUAAUCGAAGUGGCUCUGUCAGAAGGCAUAGAAGUUCUCGAGGAGAAGUGUAAGCUGACUCCGGGAAUUCCACUGAAACCAAUGUUAGCCCAUCCAACAAAGGGAAUCGAUGAGAUCAUGCGUAGAUUCCGAAACCAAACGAUGACUUGUGAAUGGAAGUAUGAUGGUGAACGUGGUCAAAUACACAAGAGAGAAGAUGGACAGAUCUUCAUCUACAGUCGUAAUCAAGAGAACAAUACUUCCAAAUACCCAGAUAUCAUUGAGAAGAUUUCAACUUGCAUCGGCGAAGGAGUUGAAUCGUUCAUCGUAGACGCAGAAGUUGUCGCAAUCGAUGAGUCUGGAGCGAUUCUCCCAUUCCAAGUACUGACCACCCGGAAGCGAAAGAAUGCAACGGAUGACAAUGGUGUCAAAGUCGGUGUUUUCCUUUUCGAUCUUCUAUUCUUCAAUGGAGAGUCCCUCGUCCGGCAACCACUUCGAAAACGACGAGAAUUGCUACGUAAAAAUUUCAAAAAGAUUGAAGGCAGUUUCUAUUUUGCAACUUCUGUCGACACCAUGGACACUGACGAAAUCAACUCAUUCUUCGACGAGGCGAUUCAAAACAAAUGUGAGGGUCUUAUGAUCAAAACACUUGAUACUGAAGCAACUUAUGAGAUUUCUCGUCGCUCGAAAAGUUGGCUGAAAAUGAAGAAAGACUACGUCGAUGGUGUCGGAGAUACUUUGGAUCUUGUUGUGAUGGGUGCAUACGUUGGAAACGGAAAAAGAACUGGAGUAUAUGGAGGAUAUCUUCUUGGAUGCUAUAAUCCAACUACAGAAGAAUAUGAAAGUGUCUGCAAGAUUGGAACAGGAUUCACCGAUGAGGAUCUUUCGGAGCAAUUCAAAAUUCUUCAAGAAAAGAAAAUCGAUCGUGCCCCAGUGUAUUAUCAAUUCGACCCAACUCUGAAACCGGACGAUAUUUUUGCUCCUCAUCUUGUUUUCGAAGUUAAAUGUGCUGACAUUACUAUAUCGCCUCGCCACAAAGCUGCUGGAGGUUUGACUGAAGAUGGCAAAGGAAUUUCUUUAAGAUUCCCUCGGUUCCUUCGUAUUCGUGAUGAUAAGAAUCCUGAUGACGCAACAUCUUCUGAACAAGUUCUUGAAAUGUACCGUAAUCAAGAGAUAUUCUCAAAUCAGAAAAUUGAGCAAGAUGAUGAGAAAGAUGACGAUGAUAUGGACGGAGAAGAUGAGGAGGAAGAAAAAGCUGACUUGAAUAAUACGAACGCUUCGGAAGGAAGUUCCAAAGAAAAUCCAAAAGUAGUCGACGAAAAGAAGGAUGUUGUAAAGACGGAGAAAAGUAAAGAGAAGAAGUCUCCUGUCAAAUCUUCGCCAGUGAAGCAGUCGCAAGCGAAAAAAUCUCCGAUAAAGACAUCUUCAGUUAAGACAUCUCCCGCGAAAAAAGAAAUAGAGAAGAAGAAGAAGGGACCAGUUGCCAGCAUUUUCAGCUCAUCGAAGAAAGUAACCAAGGAAGAAGUCGUUGAAGUCGAAAAAGUCUCCAUCAAGAAGUCUAAGGAAUCGCCAUCACCCAAGAAGAAGAAGAGAGAUGAGUUCUCAUCAAACGAUUCAGACAGUGACGAGGAUGCGUUUGCCAAGAAGAAACAACCAACGAAGAAGAGGUCCCGUGUGGUAAUCGACUCGGACUCUGAAUAA